CUCUCUCCUCUCCAGUGAAAGUCACUCUCUCACUUCCCAGAAUAUCCGUACUUUCCAAUAUCCAACAAAACUCUAUUGAUUUCAAACUCUUAAAAGUUGUAAUCUUGUGCAUAUAUCCUCUUUCCUUCCAUGGACUCUCUCUUCUUCUCGCUCCCUUUUUUCUAGCUGUUGAGCCCUUUCUUUAAUUACACAACAUGCUGCUAAUCUUACCUUCAUUAUGCUUCAUUUUUCUAACAAUCCAUUCCAAAAUUUGUUCUGCAUAUUGCUUAUAUAUAGCUUCUUGACUUGGGCACUAAAAAUUUCCAAUCUUUUUAUGAAAAUUCGAUCUGGAUCAUUGAUUAAAUCGUGUGUUUUGUUUUUCUGCUAAUCAGUUUGAUCAACUGUGUGCUUAGAAAUGGAAGAAGAAGAAGAAGAAGAAGAAGAAGAAGAAGAGGGUGCCAGAAAUGAUGAUGAUAAGUAUGUUUCCUUUCAUGGGUUUUUGUUUUUCUUCUCUUCUUUUUCAAUUUUUUACAAUUUGUAAUUCAUUUGUUACAGCUGCUGAUGUUUUUGGUGAUUUUGCCAGUGAUAAACUGCAGCUAUAUUGUGUCUGUGAUUGAUUGAUUAUAAGCCCUUUAUGACGUUCAUUUCAUGUUUAUGAUAAUCACUCAAGAAAAUUGUCUGGUCCAACAAGGGGAUCAUCCAAGGCAAACUGGACAGAGGAAGUGGUGAUUAAUUAGUUUGUUUGAUGUGUUCGUACGAUGAUAACAUUUUGCAAGACGCAGUUCAAAAAUAUGAAGGGAAGUCGUGGAAGAAAAUAGCUGGAUGCCUCCCUGGUCGAACGGAUGUGCAGUGCUUGCAUCGUUGGCAGAAAGUUAUAAAUCCCGGCCUGGUUAAAGGGCCAUGGAGUAAGGAGGAAGACGCCAUUCUCAUUGAGUUGGUUGAGAGGUCCAGUGAGAAGAAAUGGUCUGAAAUUGCGGAACAGCUUCCAGGCAGGAUGGGAAAGCAAUGCCGGGAAAGGUGGUGCAACCAUUUGAAGCCUGAGAUAAUUAAGGCACCGUGGACAGACGAGGAGGAAAGGACUCUGAUCAAUGCUCAUGCUGAAUAUGGGAACAAAUGGUCCAUAUUAGCCAAGCUUUUACCUGGCAGGACUGAGAACUCGGUUAAAAACCACUGGAACUGCUCUCUGAAGAAGAGACUCUGUAGCAAUCCUGCCUUUGGCUCCGUUGCAAAUCAUCCUCGAUUAUAUGUACCUCCUUUGCAAACCAAUAGUAAACAAGUUGCUUGCGAUUCCACAGAAGCAAACCAAACAUCAAGCAACAUAGAGUUGAGUUCCGGUUUGUUUCAUGGAAAUCAUAGCAAUUUAUCAUUUGCUUCAGGAAAUGCAGUGCCAUCAACUUCCAGCAAGACUGUGAUCAUGGAUGACCAUCCAAGACUGUAAGAUUCAAAGGCCUUGAAUCAUGGUACUAGAAAGACAGAAAUACGAGGUUUUACUUCACUAUGUGAAGACCAUCCGUGUCACAUGCCUUCUCUUGUAUGUGAUAAUGGUGAUCGAAUUAGACCAAGAGGAGACGGUGGUGAUAACCCUGCGAGUUCAUCGGAGGGGUCAUACACGGGCUUAUGCUAUGAGCCAAUUCAGCGGGCGGAUUUGGAUAUCUUCUUGUCGACUGGUAGGUUUCCAAGCACUGAGAGCUACAUACGCCAACAGCCAAGACCAAGACGGGAUGAAAAGGAACUGCCAGGUGAUGCAUACAGCAGAGCUAGGGCCAUACUGAGGAGUGCAGCUAUGAGCUACCAUAAUGUGCCGUCUAUUAUUAGAAAACACGCUAUCCAGAUAUUGUACGGAUGCGUUCCUGCACUGGAGGUAAUCAAGUCCCAGAAGUAGAUGAUGAUGAUGAUGAUGAUGAUGAUGUUCAUACUUGCACUUUUCUCUCUCAAAGCUUGAGAAGCUUGCAGCCGUUGAAUCUGUGGGGAUUUGAAACAGAAUUUGGCGAUGCAUGAGAUUGAAAUGAUCUUUUAUUGAGAGGGUUUCUGUGAUCAGGUUUUAUGAGAAUCCUGCUUUGUGUAGCUCUUGAUAUCAGCCAAUGCUGCAAAACAAUGUGAUGCUUGCUGCCGCAUUGUGAUUUUUAGUAUAAGUAUUUUUAACUUAUGAUUA